AGAAAAAGGGGAGUCUCUAGGCAGGUUUCUUCGACGUUCUCACCCAAUCCCCAAUCGAACUCUCGUCUCGUCUCUUGCACAAUUUUUCAAUCCAAGAAAUUGCUGCUUGGAGAUUCCGUUUUCUGUUUAAUAGCUUUCUAAAGAUUUCAAUUGUGUUCUGCUCUGAGAUCUAACUCCGGAUUAUUUUCCAUUUCUUCAUGCACAAAGUAUCCAGAUUUUCACUCUGAUCCAUCGCAAGCUGGAUCUUUCGCCCUUGUAGAUCGGAAUCUGGUCGCCGGCCAUGUCUUGUUUAGCCCUUUCUUUACAAAUUUCCAACGGAUCCGACAUCCUGCUCCAGACCCGCGAGUGGUUCCCACCUGCUCGAGCCCUUGGAGCCCUCUCUGCUUUCCGCCAAACCCGUCGCGCCUUGGCUUCUAACAAGAAUUCCCAACCCUUCGGUGAUGACGCCUACGCCGCCGAGUCCAUCGGUGACGAUCCGCUCGCUGCCUCCAGUGGUCAAGUUAUUGUCGGCGUAGAAAGUCGUUACCGCGUCGUAUAUCGGUUAGUGAAUGGAAUUUAUGUGCUUGGUGUAACUGUUGCCGAUCACGACAAUACAGUAAACGUAUUUGAGUGUAUAAAUAUUGUGAACCAAGCUGUUAGUGUCAUCGUUACUGCUUGCCGUGGUGUGGAUGUUACUCCCGAAAAACUUAGUAAGAAGUAUGCGGAGGUCUACAUGGCUUUGGAUAUUGUUCUUAGGGGCGUCAGUAACAUCCGACUUGCUGCAAUGCUGGCGUCGUUGCACGGUGAUAGCAUUGCGAAGAUGGUUCACUCGGCGAUUGACUCCGAGAACAAGAUCCGCGGUGCUGAUACUUGGACUGCUGCUGAGGUGCAUUCGAUCGAGCAGCAAACGGGCAUUGAUGCGUUCUCCAAAGCUCGGUUUGAGUUACCGCCUGAGACACUUGCAGCUGGAGAUGAAGUCGCUGCUACCCUUGCUCCAGUGGCAAGUGAGCAGCAGGAUGAGCAGCAGCAGACGAAGCCAGAAGAAUCGCCCACGGAAAAUGAUCCAUUUGCUGCAAGCGAUGCGAUCAAUAAACCCCCAGAGCUGGUGGGUGGCUUUAAGAAGACUAAGGAUCCUUCAGCUACUGAUUUGACGACAGCAUUGGCGGGGCUUGAGGUCACGACAUUGCCUCCUCCAGAGGCGACCCAGUCUACCCAUAUCAAUGUGGAGGGAUUUGAAGGAAAUUAUGGUGGGGUCGAAUUUAGCAAUGAACAAGCAACUCUAGGAGAAGCUUUUGAAUCCUUCAGCGACGCUUGGGGAGGUGGGCUUGAUCCAUCAGAGUUCGUUGGCACGAAGAGGGCUCCAAAACCCCAAGGGCUUGGUGGACUUGAAUUGUUACAGACCGGACCAGAUGUUGCCGUUAAAGCACCAGCGGAAGGUGGAGCAGCAGGCAAUCUUGAAAAUUUAUUGGUAAAGAAAACGGAAAUGAAGGGUCCUGAGAUGUAUAUCUCUGAACAGAUUAGUGCAGAGUUCAGAGAGUCAUUACUUGCAAGGGUAGGAUUAAUGGGUGUUGUAUACCUUAGAACUUUGCCUCCUAAAACUUCUGGUGAUAAGGAAACUGAAUUCUCAUUUCGAGUUGAGGGGACAAGUGCAGUUAAAAGAUUUGUUAUACAAAAUUCUCGUGUCAGCUCCCUUGGCAAUGGUUUGUUUCAUGUGAGGACUGCAGCCUCAGAUGAGCCUCUUCCAAUAAUCAAGUACAGUUUGCUGCCCAGGUUGACGCCAUUGCCUUUGAGGGUUCGACUUUUAAAACGCCAUACUGGUAGUUUACUUUCUGUGAUGAUACAAUAUGCUUCAAACCCUAAUUUGCUCGCACCCAUGAGAGAUGUCACAUUCAUUCUGAAAUUACCAGUUGACCCAACAUUGUUGAAAGUUUCACCAAAGGCUGUGUUGAAUAGGUCUGAAAAAGAAGUUAAAUGGCAUGUGCAAGAGAUUCCACUCAAAGGUGCUCCUGGUCGGUUGAGAGCAAGGAUGCCAGUAGACUCAACUGAAGAGGAUGAAGAAAUUGAGGUGGUUGGCUAUGUGAAAUUUUCCGUUGAAGGAAUGCAGUCAUUAUCUGGGGUUUGUCUAAGACCUGCUUCUGAGGGUAAGACAGAUUUUUAUGAGGUUAAACACAGAUUUGAGAAUGGAAUUUAUAUGUGCAACUGAUUUGUCAUCACGUAGGUAAUAGCUAAUUGGCUUUUCAUUGUUGGUGAACGAGGGUAUAUUUUUAUUUUUUGGGUGUAACAUUCUUUGAUAUCAAUCUUGUAACUUGAACUCUGAGUUAUGUAAAACUUUUUUUUUUUG